CUUCUUCAACCUUCCAUUCAGUAAAGUACAGAGGCCAUUAAAAAAACUAAAAAAUAAAAGCUGAGUAAGAGCCAUGGAGGCAAUUACUGCUACUUUAUUAACAGUAAUACCUCCAAAACUCUCACUAAAGACUAAAUCUUCAUCAAUUUUGCAGCCAAAAAGACCCUUACUUUAUCCUCAAAACUCCACCAUUAUUGUCUCAUCUUCAUUUCUUUCUACUUCAUCUUCUCAAUUUUCCUCUUCUGUUGUGUACAAGGCAUCCGAGAGCCAGUUGAAUGUGGAGGCUGAGGAUGACACAAGGGAAUGGGCUAUGCAAGAUUUCUAUAUUUUAAGAAGGGACGUGGAAGCUGCAACACAGCGCGUUGAAGAAAUUAGAGCCUCUGCUGGUCUGCAGGAAAUAGAGAAGGAAGUUGCAGAUUUAGAAUCUAAAGCUGCUGAUAGUACGUUCUGGGAUGAUCGUGCUAAAGCUCAAGAAACCCUCUCCGCUCUUACUGAUGUAAAAGAUAAGAUAAAACUGCUAACUGAGUUCAAAAUGAAGAUUGAAGAUGCUGAAACUAUAAUUAAGCUAACAGAAGAGAUGGACUCCAUAGAUACUGGACUUCUUGAAGAGGCUGCCAGUACAAUUAAACAAUUAAAUAAGUCAUUGGACCAAUUUGAGUUGACUCAACUUCUUUCAGGCCCCUAUGAUAAAGAAGGUGCUGUAAUAUUAAUAACUGCUGGUGCUGGAGGCACUGACGCUCAGGACUGGGCUGACAUGCUUCUCAGGAUGUACGUGAGAUGGGGAGAGAAACAACGAUACAGGACGAGGGUUGUUGAAAAAUCACCUGGAGAGGAAGCUGGAAUUAAGUCUGUGACAAUUGAAAUUGAAGGCCGUUAUGCUUAUGGAUAUUUGUCUGGAGAGAAAGGAACUCAUAGAAUUGUGCGACAAUCUCCGUUCAAUUCCAAAGGUCUUAGACAGACGAGUUUUUCCGGUGUUGAAGUCAUGCCUCUUCUUCCUGAAGAGUCUCUGGACGUAGAGAUACCUGAGGAGGACUUGGAAAUCAGUUUUUCAAGGGCAGGUGGGAAAGGAGGCCAGAAUGUAAAUAAGGUUGAAACGGCUGUCAGAAUUACUCACAUCCCCACUGGUGUCACUGUUCGCUGCACAGAAGAGAGAUCCCAACUGGCGAACAAGAUAAAGGCUCUUAGCCGGUUAAAAGCGAAGUUAUUGGUGAUAGCUGUGGAGCAAAGAGCAUCUGAAAUCAAGCAAAUAAGGGGAGAUGCAGUGAAAGCUGAGUGGGGCCAACAGAUCAGAAAUUAUGUAUUCCAUCCAUACAAACUCGUCAAGGAUGUACGGACAGCUUACGAGACAACAGAUAUUACUUCUGUUAUGGAUGGUGAAUUGGAGCCGUUCAUCAAAGCUUAUCUCAAGUAUAAAUACAGUAUGACAUUGUCUUCAACUAAUAGAUAGAAUUAUUAAACCUUUUUUUUGCCUCCUGAUUGCUUGUACUAUGUGCAUAUGAACAGUUAGGUGAAUCUUAUUAGCACAUGAGGGUGAAUCAUGCAAGUCAUUUUUAUUUAUUGAAGGCUGAUUUUGAAAUAAAAUUACUGAUUCGGAUUUA